AUGGAAAACGUGAAGAAGUCUCUGGCUGUUUGGGCUAAAGAGACAGGAGGUCAAUUCCCAAUCAUAUUGGGCAUAAACUGUACUUCUCUCUCAACUACUUCAGAAAUUUUCAACAAGGCACUUCCUUACACUGUUUUCCAGCCACAAGCACUAGAACUUUGUGCAAGAAAAGUUGCAGCUUCAUCUGGAGAUAUGAGGAAAGCUCUUGGUAUCUGCAGAGGUGCAAUUGAGAGGCUGGAAGCAGAUCUUAGAGAAUCUAUUUCUACUUCAAAUCUAUCCUCCAUGGAAGAACUUGAGGGUGGUGUUAAGACUUUAUCGCAGAAAUUAUCAGCAGCUCUUCUAAAUAUCAAUAGCAAGGAAGACUUGGUCAAACAACAUUCAAAAGUAGCAGAGGAAGCAGUUGAAGGUAUCUAA